AUGGAAACCCCCGUCGAUCGAUAUAGUGGCCUUUCUGCUAUUGAAACUGCCACUCCUACACACGAAGACACCGAGUAUGCUGCCAUCAACCCUUCGCGGGCGGGGGCGACCCGCGUACGCAGUAAUGUCGAGCUAUCGCGGAUCGAGACUCUACGAGUAACACAGCAGAGGACCAUUGGAUCGGGACGGCCUCCUGAGCCUCCUGAGAAAUGGCUCCCAUUCGGUGGGGGAAAACCUCAUCCUCCGCUGUUGCCGGACCCUGAUAUGUAUGUUGUCGAGUUCGACGGCGAGCACGAUCCAAUGCAUCCGCAUAACUGGCCAACUCGGACAAAGAUAUUGCUGUCUGUGAUCCUCGCCUACGUUACCUUUGUCUCCUCCUUUGCCAGCGCGAUCUACUCCGCCACCGUGGGCACAACCAGCGAGAAGUUCGGCGUCAGCACUGAAGUUACAACCCUCGGAGUCACUCUGUAUGUUUUGGGAUUCGCAGCCGGGCCGACCUUCUGGGCCCCGGCAUCCGAGCUCUCCGGGCGCCGCUGGCCCAUUACAGCCGGCGUCUUCGGAUAUAGCAUCUUUACCAUCGGCACUGCGACAGCCAAGGAUCUUCAGACGAUCAUGCUAACGCGCUUCUUUGCUGGUCUGUUCGCGGCUGCCCCGCUGGCGAUUGUUCCCGCUGCGUUUGCAGAUAUCUACAAUAACAGGACUCGCGGGGUGGCGAUCGCGAUGUUUGCCAUGGCGGUGUUUGUUGGGCCGUUUGCGUCUCCGUUUGUCGGUGGCUUUAUCACAAUGAGCUACCUGGGCUGGCGCUGGACGAUGUAUAUUUCUGCUAUUAUGGGGUUCCUAGGCUCGGUCCUCCUUAUACUGUUUUUCAAGGAGACGUAUGCUCCGAUCGUUCUGCUUGAAAAGGCAGCGAUCCUUCGCCGACAGACUCAUAACUGGGGAAUCCACGCGAAACAAGCAGAAGUCGAGAUCGAUUUUAACGAGAUUAUCACCGUCAACUUCAGCAGGCCGUUUCGCAUGUUGUUUACCGAGCCGAUUGUCUUUCUUGUGACGUUGUAUAUGAGUUUCAUCUAUGGGCUGAUGUAUGCGCUGCUAUCGGCGUACCCGAUUGUCUUCCAACAGAUUCAUGGGAUGAACCUGGGAGUCGGUAGUUUGCCCUUCAUCGGCCUUAUUAUCGGCGAGAUACUGGCUGGUGUCUAUACCUUGCUUACGCAGCCAUCGUAUACGAAGAAGUUGGUUGCGAAUAACAACAUGCCUAUUCCGGAGUGGCGGCUGCCCCAUGCUAUCGUGGGUGGUAUUGCAUUUACAAUUGGGCUAUUUUGGUUUGGCUGGACAGGAUUCACUGGGAGUGUACACUGGAUGGCACCAACAGCAUCGGGCGUCUUCACCGGCUUCGGGAUCUACUGCAUCUUCCUGCAGUGCUUCAACUACCUCAUCGACUCCUACCUGCAAUUCGCGGCGUCCGUGUUUGCAGCGAAUACAAUCCUCCGAUCUGCAGUUGGUGCAGGCUUCCCCCUCUUCUCGCGCCAGAUGUUCCAGAAUCUAGGCGUGCAAUGGGCUGGAACACUUCUAGGGUGUUUGGCUGCAGUCAUGAUUCCAAUUCCCCUGGGCUUUAUUAUGUUUGGGCCUGCGCUGCGCCGGAAGAGUAAAUUCGCACCGGAUCCAUCGGUGUAUACUGAGAAGGGGGAUUAA